UAAAGGGGCACCUUCGUGAUAAGGAGAAACCAUGUCUGGUGCUUUGCAGCAAUGCUUUGUGAGGUUUCAGAGGGAAGACUCCCGCUGUCAUUUAGCUGAAUCGACAGACAUCUGUGUUGCACACAGAGCCGGGGGCUGGGGGAGCCGCCUCUCUCCACGUCAGUGAAGAAGAGGGAACAACAGCGCUGCGGUCCCCUUUCUUUCUGUGCAUAUCCUCUGCUUUUAAAACUUAUUACCGCUGUUUUAUUUUACUUGGACAGUUCCGUACUACUGUACAUCGUUUAUAUGUACAGUUAGGUGACGCCCCGCCAUCAGACUUGGGUUUAUGGUUUGUGGCUGGAAGGCUGAACGGGGAGGACGAUAUGUGCUGUACUGUACCUGUAUCUAAACCAUUGCUGCUGGCUGGGGAAAGGAGAGGAGUCCGUGCGGUUUAAAUUCAAUACUCGACGGCGGAGCGGGGAAACGAGGCGUAAAGAUUCCUGAAGUGUAAAAGGUGAGGUCGGUCUGCCUACCGAGAUAGGAUGCUCUUCUCGUACCCUUCAAGAUGACAGCAGUUGAUCGGAGGGAGAGGAAGUGGCAGAAUAGAAACCAGUCUUUUUUUCAGAGACGCUACCUCCGCUCCAGACAGUGUAGAUUAAGUAUUGCUCAAAGUCACUGAGCCAACGCAGGAAAGCACCAGCUUUCACAUUGAUGAAUUGCGACAGUGCCUUCUUUCAGUCAGCCGUGAAGCUCCACAGAUCUUCUCUUGUCUCCUCGUGGGAGCACACGCCUUACAGCAUGGCAGUACCUCAACUCAUGUGGGGCACAGUUUUACUCCUUGUGCUUCUGCACUUAGCCCAGACAUCCCUAACCCCUCGGAUCACCUUCUCCAGCGAUAGCCCUGGCAGAGUUCUGUCCUGGUUUAAGGAUCCAAGUGUUCAGAACACCACCACACUUCUGCUAAGUAAUGAUGGUGAUAUUCUAUACGUUGGGGCCCGGGACGCACUGCUCUCAUUGAAUGUCAGUCAGCCAGGUGUCAUGACAGUGGUGAAAAAGGUGAACUGGACCACAUUUAAUAAGAAACUUGAAGAAUGCUCAAAAAAAGGGAAAAAAGAAGAGACAGAGUGUAUAAAUGUCAUCAGAGUUCUGCUGUUCCUCAAUGAUACCCAUAUCUAUGCCUGCGGAACAUAUGCAUUCAGUCCAACCUGCACCUACAUUGAUACAAAGACCUUCUCUUUUGUGAAUGAUGGCAGCGGUACACAGAUUACUGAGGACGGCAGAAGUCGAUGUCCUUAUGAUCCCUAUCAGAAACACACAGCUAUCAUUGUUGAUGGUGAACUCUAUACUGGCACUGUAGGGGAUUUCCAGGGUAAGCAGCCUGUGAUUUCACGCUUUGUGAGUGGAGGCAGUGUGAUGGACAUGAAGGUUGAGGACAGUCUGGGCUGGCUGCAAGAUCCUACUUUUAUCAGCUCCACCUUCAUCCCUGGAGAAUCCGGCAAUGACAAGGUCUACUUCUUCUUCAGCGAAGUGGGCAAAGAAUACGAUUUCAUUGAGAAGUUCACCGUCUCACGGAUUGCCCAGGUUUGCACGAGUGACAGGGGAGGGGACCGAAUCCUUCAGAAGCGCUGGACCACCUUUGUGAAAGCUCUGAUGCUCUGCCUGUCCCCGAAUGAGCUGCCUUACAACAUCAUCCAGGAUGUCGUCACCCUUCCGCCACCAGAAGGUGGUUCUGUGGAUGACACCCUCUUCUAUGGUGUCUUCACCUCACAGUGGUCUGGAAAUUCUGGUCGCUCUGCAGUCUGUGCUUUCAAAUUGAAGGACAUCAAGGCUGUAUUUGCUGGAGAAUACAAGGAGCUAAACAGAGACACCCAGCGCUGGAGGACACGCAAUGGAGAGAAGUUUGCUCAGCCAGGGGAGUGUGGACUGCACGGCGCCUCAGACAAAGCAUUGACCUUUGUGAAGGAGAAUUUCCUGGCAGACCAAGUUGUUCAGCCUGUGGACGGGCAUCCAGCCCUCAUUUCUCCUAACCAGCACUACAAGAAGAUUGUUGUGGAGAGGACCACUGCAUCUGACAAGAAGCUUUACACUGUACUCUUCCUUCUCACUGAGACUGGCUUUCUGCACAAGGUAGUGCUGUUGAAGAAGGGUCCCCAUAUUAUUGAAGAGAUUCAGGUCUUCAGACAGCCACAGUCAGUGGAGAAUCUUCUUCUCUCAAUCAAGAAGGGGGUUGUAUUUGUGGGCUCUUCCGAGGGAGUCUUCCAAAUUCCAGUGUCGAACUGCACUUUCUACACGAGCUGUGGUGACUGCAUUCUGGCUCAGGACCCCUUCUGCGCCUGGGAUUCCAGCAGAGGUGUCUGCUCUGAUAUCUCUCUCAUCCAGUCGAAGCCUUUUCAGGAUGUGGAAGGAGGGAAUGCGAAUAGCUGUUCUUCAAUUGCUCCCAGAGGGAAAUCUGCUGGGUACACGAAGCAGCCCACAGACCUUAGACAUAUCAACGUACGUGUAUCUCCAAACGUAGUUGUGAGACUGAAUUGUUCCAGAAACUCUCAACUGGCUAUACAGCACUGGGAGCGUGGUGCCGGGAAGACCCUCUCAGAGAAUCUCUACCUACAGCCACAAGAUGGCAUCCUGCAGUUCCUGGCCUCCCAGGAAACCAUGGGGGAGUACUUCUGCUUCUCUGAGGAGAAUGGCUUUCGGCAGCUGCUGGUCCAUUAUAUAGUUGUGAGGAAGGAUGGUUCAUCUGAUGCCACCCAGGAACAGCCUCGGCCAACCUCAGUGGAAGACUGGGAGGGGAAGGAGAUUGAAGGAAACUGGCAGGAAAAAGAGCCCACCACAAUCAUGGAGGAAGUGCCAAACACCAGAUUAGAUGUAAAAGGUAGUUCUCGUACUUUCAACAAGCCCCGCUCUGUACCCGGUCACAAGGCAGAAGUACCUGCCAAUACUGACAGGGACCAUGUGCGCCCAUUGCCAAUCAGCAACGAACGCAGCUACUAUGGAGAACUGGUAGCAGUGUCCAUCUUCUUGGCGCUGGCACUGACAGCACUGCUUGUAGGAGCCCUCUACAUCUGGCGGCAGAAGAACCGUGGCAAAGCCAGGGUUCAGGGCUGUCAGGAUAACACUGUGAAAAGCUCUGACACUGACUCCCCCACAGAACAUGCCCUCCUGACCCAAGACCAGGGGCCCCCAAUCAUUGUGUUAGGCAAUGGGAAAGACACAGACAGCAAACAGCCUGAUAGUGACCCACACUGAGUGUCUCCAAUGGGCACCUGCCAGUCGCUACAUCCAGCUAAUAGUUAAUGAUAUCCACUGCUAAAAAAAAAACACCUUCCCACCAAGGAUUUCCUGUCCAUUCAUCCCCAGUGUGUUUGUGGGACAGAACAAAGGGGGGAUUUCUUUUUCUUGACAUAUCCAAGAAAUUCUGCAUCAAAGGAGAUCAUAACAGGAUAAUGAAGCUAAUGCUAAUCAUUUUAACAGACAGAUUUAACCAUGCCUGGGAUCAAAGGUUUUUGUCUGGAUUUGUCAAUGUUUAAUGACUGUUGACUUGACUCAAGUGACUGGACUACUUUUCAAUUUCCUCUAAUUACACAGGGCCAUCAUAUUGGUUUCUUGAAGGACAAUGUCUGUGCUGUGACACAUCCUCCAGCCCCUACCCCCCUCCUAAAUUAAUAAGAAAAAGUACAAGCUAGCAAAUGGACUAGGUUUGUCUUCAAUAAACAAAGUUGUAUCAUUUCUCUGAUGUAUGUGGCUUCUGGAGAAAAUUGAAAGUUUUUGGAUAUUUUAAUGUAAUUUUCACCAGUCAAGAUAAAAUUAUGAGAAUUAUUAGAUUCUAUGCAAUAAAUAGUAUUUAAAAAUAUGUGAAUUUCACAGUAGUAGUUAUCUAACCACCUGAUAGCAAUUUCUUCUUUUCUCUCUAUUAUGUUUUACUAAAAUCUGAUGUUUAAGCAAUGUGAGAAACUUUUGAAAAUAACAUAUAUUUAAAAAAAAGUAAAUCAUUUAAUGUCAAAUAUGAAUGCUUCAGUCCAAACUCCACAUCAGGACUGUGCACACUUGAAAACCCAUAAUAGGGCAAAACUGGUCUCUUCAAAGACAUGACUGUGAUAGUUUUCAUCUUUUAGAAAUGCUGUAAUAUGUGCAUUCACUGUUUUACUAACCUUUUAUAAUUGAAUGUCAGUUUUUUCUCUUUGGCUACAUCUUCUUCGCUAACUUUUAAAUUUGGUAAAUAUCAAACAAAAAUUUAAUUCACAUGAAAAACAGUUCUAUGCACUAAAAUCAUCCAUCUAUAGUGCUGCUUUUCAUAUAAAAUACUAAGAAACAAAUAAGGGUUUUUAAAUUAAUCUGAGCUGAUUAAUCAGAAAAUUAGAGAGCAUUUUUUUCUGAAAAUACUCAUAUUAGACUAUGAAAACUAGUUUUCAAAGGAUGAAUUAAGUAAGGACCAUGAAAUCCUUUUAUAGAAGAGACCAUUUUCCCUAACUAGUUCACUGAUGAACAAUUUUAUUCCUGUUCUGAGUUGCUGGCUCAAAUGUUAAUUUGCCUAAUUAUUGAACUGUAAAACAUGAUUUGUUUAUCCAGUGUCUUAAAAGAAACAGCAGCUAUAUCCUUUGUAGCUAUGCAGAUUUCUAAGUAUCAACAGCUAUCAUUGAGGAUAAGUUUCGCUGAACUUGUCAUUCACUUCUAAGCGAAAAAAACAGAACCACACAAAACAAGUAAUGUAAAUUAUAUAAUAUUCUUAACCACUGUUCACAAAAUAACCUGUGUCUAUUAUACAAAUUGUCUUUUAUUUGUAUAAUUUAAAUAUAAUUUUAAGAGUUUUUAUUAAAGUAAAUCAAGCAAAAUUGUGAAAAUCAAAACAAUGUGAAUAAUCACAAGAAAAUUAGCCAACAUUGUGUUUGCUCUUAAUCUUUAAAUGUUGGAUAAUUCUGAAUGUGUUGGUUCACCAACAAUCAAUCUACUUGCUUUUGGAUUAUGACUCCACUCGAUAUUUGGACACCCACAUUGGUUACAGUUACAUGUCCAUGCUGAGUAGCUUGUGCCUAUAUUGGUUGCACUAAGCUCUGGGUGGUCUUCUGGGAUCCACCUGCUUUAUUCUGUUGAUUUUAUGGGUUAGAGUUAAAGAGUCACUUAAAGCUCUUUUAUUUUUGUUAUUAUUUUAUUUAUUUUUGUAAAUGUUCAGGCUCCCCAUGUGUCAUGACUGUACCUAUUUCCUCUUCCUGCAAGGCAGUUAAUGUUUUUGCAUUUUAUCCAUCUUAAGUAAAAUGGAACUCAUACAGUAGGUACUUUAAAGUUAAAAAAUGCAACCUUUUAAAAUGUUUCUUCUUGGAAAUGUUCAAUUGACUAUAUUAAUUAUACAUAAUUAUGGCACUAUUAAUUAGUUUUCAUUUUAUUCAUACUUUAAGAGCCCAAACAGCCUCUAUUCAGCCUCCAGGAAGAUUGGUCACAACCAAGAAGUGUUCAUUCCUUUUUAAAAAAUUAAUUUGUACAAAGUUAACUUUUUAAUGCUACUGUAUAUACAGAUUGCAUCUGUUCAGUAAUUCCAUCAAAAUGAAGUAUGGGAGCAUGAAAAUGUCUGAAUGCAGUUUUUACUCUAAUAAUUCUGAGUAAUAAUAAGUCUACAUUCCAUAUUUUCCAGUAGCAGUAAUGCAUUGUUGCUGGAAUAGUGAAUGAGAUCACACCUGAUUAUCUGUGACAAAUUCUCUAAUGUCUAGAAGAAUCUCAUCAAGUAUCUUCUAAUCUGGCUUUUUCCAUGCUGAUGUCUUUGCAUUUCAGGGCACUGAAUUAAUAACAAUGAUGAUGCAAAAUGUCUUUAAUAUAGAACAGCAUCCAUUCAGAAUGCCAGGGUACACAAGCCACUUCCAUACCGUACACAAGAUUCCAUACCAUUCCUUAACAUGUAUGUAAAGAUUGUAUUUUUUUAAUGUAAGGAGAAUAAAAUGUGGUUGUUUGUGUAUUAAUUUUACUGAUUAAAAGAAAACAACAUUUAUUCCAUUUAAUUAC